ACACAGCAUACCUUUCAGGUAGAGAGAAGAAGUAUUUUGACUUACUUGAUCGUCCUUGCUUUGUGUCUUCAUUGACGUGCAGCCUUGCAGAACACCUGUUUUUGGGUACUAUUACUCUACUCCAUUCGGUUUUCCUACCAUUAUAUCUUUCAUUGACUGCUUUAAAAUGGCAAAAGGCUCUGCAGGUCAAGGAGGGGUGAACCAGCUUGGCGGGGUGUUUGUCAACGGUCGUCCACUUCCAGACAUCAUCAGGAGGAAGAUAGUGGAACUGGCGCAGAAUGGUGUCCGACCAUGCGACAUCAGCCGUCAGCUGAGAGUCUCUCAUGGCUGUGUGAGCAAGAUAUUAGGAAGAUUUUACGAGACUGGCUCUGUCAAGCCAGGGAUCAUCGGAGGUAGCAAGCCUAAAGUAGCAACUCCCAAAGUUGUCAACAAGAUUGAAGACUACAAGAGAGAAAACCCUAGCAUUUUUGCAUGGGAGAUACGCGAUCGCCUCCUAACUGAAGGCAUCUGCAACAAGGUUAAUGUCCCAUCGGUGAGCUCCAUUAAUAGAAUAGUCCGGACAAGAGCCCAACAGAGGCAGAAAGACCUCCAAGAGAAAGCAGCACUCGGUCACUUCUCAAUCCUCCAGACCCUCCCUCCUCCUCCUCACGAGUCUUACAACGGACUCAUACCCUCUCCCUACAGCCACCACACUCUCUCUCAUUUUGCUGGAUUCCCUCCCCGGCCUGGUAGUGGAGCGAUGCCCCCAGGAUGUCCCGGUCCUUGGGGCGCUCACCCCGGCUUACAAGAGCAUCCACACCAGCCCCCGCAGCAUCACCACUUAGACUCCGGUAGCUCUAACGGGAAGCUCUUGACCGUUUUCCCAGCAGCUGCUACAACAACUCAGCAGUCCGCCACUCCUAGCAUGCCGUAUUUUGUCUAUCCAACAAUUCCCCCGACUACCGGAGGAGGCGAUAGUGUCUCUUGUCACCAGGAGAUAAACAGUGGCUACAGUCAGAUACAAUGUACCCCUUCUGGUGCUUCUGACAUUCCUAACAAUCCGUCACCCAACAUGCCUUCCUCUAAUAUUGACAAAGCUGCCAUUGAUCAUGACAUGGCUGGUCAGUCUAGCUACAUAAGAGGUGCUGGGGCCAACUCGCCUACUACUCCAUCGAAAUCACCAGUCCAGGGACAUAGUGGAGUACCGAAUAUCUCCGGAAAAGACUCACAAGAGCAGCUGAUAGUUAAGACAGAGGGAACAAGAAAGCUCACCCCAUUCCAGAUCCAUCAGUUGGAGCUCUCAUAUAACACAUCUCACUACCCAGCCAGACCAACAGUGAAGCAAUUGGCCAGUCUUCUUGAUCUGCCAGAGUCAACCAUUGAGGCUGCCCCUCCUCCUCCUAGCAUGAGGCCAGGGACUACUAACUCACCUAACCAAGAGCCAUUUGGUGCAUCUUUGACUCCCCCUCCUUCAAACUCCAGUCCUCCGGUAGCUACGACUGCGUGGAAUCAGACCUUCCCUACUUACACCUGCUAGAGGAACCACUUUCACUAAAUGAUCGAGCACUCGUUCAACGUCCUCCCUCCCCCUUUCAUUAUAUCACUCACACUUAUCAUCACGAGAUCAAAACUCUUAUUAAAUAUUAUUAUUAUUAAAAUAUUAUUAUUAGAAACAAAUUUUAGUAUUUUUAUAGUACCAAUGCAUGCAUACUACACACAUUUCAUUUCAUCCACACUCUCAGUGAACUUUCAACCCAGCAUCAUUAACUAAACUCAUUCAGUAUAUCUCUCUCUUAUUUGGUAUUUGCUACCAUUUUUUAGUUU